AUGACCGGCAUUCAGGCAAGACUUCUAUCAUUACGGGUACUAAGACCAAACACAUUUGCCAGAGGGGUCAUAGUAGAAUCUCUUCUAAAGGAUUUAAGUUUGUCCAGCAAGUAUAACCCGAACUGUAUUGAAAACCCGAGUUUAUUUAGCGAGAUAGUCUUAGACUGGAAAACGGCAAUAAUUCGUCCGGUUUUCAAAGAAGGCGAUAAGUUUGAUGCUUCUAAAUACCGCCCUGUCAUUUUAUCAUCUCUUGUGGUCAAGGUGAUGGAAUCCAUAAUAUACGACCACAUGAUUGCAUUUCUAGUGACACACCAGCUCAUUCCACGCGAACAACACGAAUUCUUGUCAGGUAGAUCUGUUCAGUCAAACCUCUUGUGCUGUAUGUCCGACUGGACAAAAGAUGCAGAUUCGGAACGACCGUUGGAUGUCGUAUAA